AUGGUCUCGCAGCCCGACACGUCCAAUUCGCUCACUAUUCGAGGCUCGUCCUCGGUCGUCUCCCGCCCGUCAUCGUCAUCCCGCACGAAGCGAUACAACCGUUCCCACGUCGGCGGCACUUCAUUCAUACCUCAAAACGAGUUCCCUGUCUUCACGCAAAGCGGCGAUGUUGAGAUACUAGUUCGAGUCGCCGACCAUCAGAACCGCUACCUCCUGCAUCGCCACACCCUGACCCGUUGCUCUGGCUUCUUCGAGGCCAGCACAAGCCAAGAGUGGUCCCGCGCCCAGUCCUUGCCGGAACCCUCUUCGUCUUCGUCGUCCUCUACUACACGGCCCGGUCGCGGUCGCGAUGAUCAAUUGACGGCAACACGAGCGCCCAGCUCGCCUGCACGCAAGAGAUGGCGUUAUGAGCUCGACCCCGGAGUUGGGGACGGUGACAUUCCAAUGCUUGUCCAGAAACACGAUGUCGCCGCCUCUACUCCCUCUCUCUUUGGCUCCGUCGACUCCGAGCUGCCUGUUUCCUCUGGUCGCAACAGCGGCAGCAAGCCAUCCCGCCACGCGCACUCGUCUGUGCAUUCCAGCCACAGCUUCUUCCGCUCCGUCGCCAACCUCAGCCUCGUGCCCGCGCCCCCGGCUGGCCCCCCACUCUCGCAAGCCGACAUUGAUCUGCUUCGCGGACUACGACAAUUCUUUUUCCGGUAUAUUCUACAACUACCAUCCGCAGCUCGGACGGCGUCAACAUUUGCCGAUGCCUACGUGCAGUGCUCGGUAUCUUGCUCGCAGCAGGGGAUUUUUCAGGAAGCUCUGAUACAUGUUGUCGGCCAGUGGCCUGCCGGUGAAAGGAGUCUGCGUGCCGCGCUUCCAGAUGGCGUCCUCGACAUCAUCGAAGACAAGGUCGACGAGCUUGAGGAGAUGGUCACCCGUGUUGAGAGCCGCCUGUUCCGCCUUAGCUUGUUCACGGCGCGGGGUGACCGGGUAACACCCAGCACAGCCUACCUCGACUGGCUGGCUCUCAGUCUCUUUCGACAAUGGCUCGCGGAGAACACUGGCUCCUCAGCACCCGACCACCACACUUCGUCAUCGCGAACCGGCCGUCAUAACGAGCUUCAAGUAGGCCCACUUCACCCCCAGGCGCCACCUAUGGCCACAGCAGGAAGGGCUUUCCGCAUGUUGGGGUCACCCGCCGCUUCUCUUUAUUUAAGUCAUGACGAUUGCAAGCGAUUCUUGAAGCUCACACCCGAGUUGUAUAGUCGGGAUAAUCUGCGACGUUUCGAGAAACGAAUUGACGAGGUCAAGUCCAUGGCGCGUGAGAUUGUGCGCCCCUUGAUGAGUAGCCGCCUGGAGCUGGAACUCGGCGGCGGAAGGUCGACAGAUGCCAUCACUUACCUGACAUGUGUCACGGUUAGUGACCGGGACCUUCCGUGGCGAUACGAGUCAUGA